AUGAGUAUUGUGAUGUACGAAAUUAUGUGUAGAGUUUUUGAAGUGCUUGCAAGGAACAAUGCGGUGCGCUUGGUUGUUCUGUACCUGAUGUUCUACUUUGGAAGGUGUGUGCGCAAACCUGAUGUAUUUUAUGGAGGAAAAAGAAUGGAAAGUGUAUACAAGAUGAAUAGUCUGCAUAAGAGCUAUUAUCCAUUGAUUUUUGCGCCAUUUGGAGUUGUUCAAACUGUUCUACAGCUAUUCAGAAGGCCAGCAAUCCAUCCAAGAGCAAUGGUUGUGAUAGAGGCAAAAAAUAAUGGAUCAAUUGUGCUUGAUAUAGCUGAGAAGAACAAGGAGACACAGAAGAAUGUGUUGCUGGUCCAUGGGUUCAAUGGAUCUGGAGACUCUACAUAUAUGCAAUGGAUGUCUGCACACCUGGUAAAGGAAGGAUAUCGAGUGUUUUGUUUUAAUGCACGAGGUACAAAAUCAGGAUUGAAAAAUGCAGUAUUUUUUCACAUUGGAUGGACGGAGGACCUGAAGGAGGCAGUCAAGUUUGUACUAGAUAACUACAGCGGAACACUUGAGGUGUUUGGAUUCAGCAUGGGUGCAAAUUGGGUGACUAAGUUGUUUGGAGAGGGUGAGCUGGACCCGAGAGUUAUCAAGGGAGGGGCAGUUUGUCUUCCUUUUGACUUUUUCAAGAUCGGAAGACAUUUUCUGAAGAAUCCAUAUACCAGGUUUUUUAACUGGAUGCUUGCCAGGAACUUUAUUAGAUAUAUGAAAAGAAACAGAGAUGCAUUUAAGAAUGCAGGAUACGACUUCGAAACAGUCAAGAAGUGUAGAAGUUUACAGCAGAUAGACAUGCUGGUGACAAAGAAGAUCUUUGGAAUAGAUGAUGUGGACCAUUACUACGAGAAUGAGUCAGGUGGAAAAUACAUUCACGGGAUAUCGGUUCCAUUUAUCAUUCUGAAUACAUAUGAUGAUCCUGUUGUUCCUGCAUUUUCAAUUGAUAAGGAUGUGUGUAUAAAGAAUGAAAACAUAUUACUUGUGGUGACGCACAAAGGAGGGCAUCUUGGAUUCUUGUCUAAUACGCCAAGUCGAACAUUAGCUGAGGACAUUCUAAUUGAUUUUAUGAGGCAUUUCUAA